AAAAAAAUCAGUUUCGUUUUAGUUUAAAAAGAAUAUGGCCGUGUUAGGCCCGUCCGUGAGUGUAAAUAUGAAUGGGCACAAUAAUAUUCAUAGUCAGUUAACAAAGUCUUUAGAAAGAAUUUUAGAAGAUGCUUACUUAAGUGGUGAAUUAAAACUCAGUGGUCGAAAAUUGCGGGAGUUCCCAAAACCUGUGAAAUUCGACUUGAGCGAUACAGUUGUGGCUGAUUUAUCAAAGAAUCGAUUCAGUGAGGUGCCCGAUGAAGUGACUACGUACGUGUAUUUAGAGAAGUUACUACUAUCACAAAAUAUAAUCAAGAGUGUACCUGACUCGGUUGGGGGUCUACAGUCCCUCACAUAUUUAGAUCUCAGUUCAAAUCAGCUAACGGAGUUACCCAGAGAAGUAUGCCAGAUGCCAUUGCAAGUUCUUCUGUUACAAGACAACAUGCUAACGAACCUCCCAAAGGAGAUCGGCAAGAUGACGUCCCUGGCAGAGCUGGAUGCUUCCAACAACAGACUCACUCAGGUGCCGAUGACUCUGGGUGACUGCGCAGGGAUGCGGGCAUUAGAUCUUAGUAAUAAUCAGCUGGGGCUAUUACCAUUACAAAUCACAUAUUUAAGACUGGAGCACCUAGACGUCAGUUGCAACUGUAUAUCGUCGCUUCCCCUGGAAAUGCGGAACAUGACCUCGCUCGUCACUUUAAAUCUAGACAACAAUCCGCUCGUGUCGCCACCUACCACUAUAUGCAUGCGCGGGCGUGUGCACAUAUUCAAAUAUUUGGAAAAUAUGGCGAACAAAGACUCGUUACCGUCACACAGAAGGGUCGAGGAGGCGAAACGGACCGCUAAACAUAGCUCGUACAUCAGUACUUCACCGAACCAAAGCGUGACCCACCAGAUCACGUCUGGCAAUGCCACGAUAGACUGCUUGAGGCACAAGCCGAGGCAUGUUGUAGACAGCGGGUACAGCACCGACGGUGUUGACAAAAGGUGGUCCAAUGAUGCGGGCGGCGAGGCGGGCGGAGGGGGCGGGUCAGGACGGUCCACUCCGAGUACACCAUCGACCCUGUCUCCUGGCGCUGCGCUCUCUAGAGCUCAGUCACUCUCCAGUGAAACACCCUUAGCGCCACUCACUCCACUCCUCACUGGCCUCCGUAUAUCACCCGAAGGGAACAUUACGAAUGGCGACGAUAAGAAUAAGUUAGCUCAUCAGCAAACCUACAGACAAUAUAAAGAAGCCCUAAGACAGCAACGCCAACAAGAUAUAUACCGACCCCGUACCGACCAACCCUCCCCCGAGCUAGACUCGAGCCCCCAUUCCCAGAAUCAAAGUCCAGUCCAUUCGAUGUCUUCCCCCCACUCACCAAUCAACGGCUACAGUAACGUAUCACCUAGUCUUUACAACCGUACCUUAUCUUCCAACUCUAGUAUUUCUACCUCAUCGCCCAAUACGUCUCAAGUGCCAAACUCUCCCCUACUACACUCCACGCCUAGAAGGUUCCAGAAUCAAAACGGGAAUAGUGAGAAGGAGGAGAACAAACGGCCAGUACAAAAAGUGGUGCCAUCGAGGAAUGUGAACAAGAUGUACUCCACAGUCAACGGAAAUAUAGACUACAACCGUGUCAAUGGUACAAGUGAGACGUACAUAAAACCAACGUCUCCCACCAAAUCGCCAACGAAUACUUUAGGAUACAACAGUAUAGGAAAGUCAAGUAUACCGAGGCAGGUCAACGGUGAUAACCCCAAAUUGCUAACGACGACCGUGUCGUAUUUAAAAGGUGCGGCACCGAAGCCUCCGGGCAAGAUGGCGUGGAACAAAGACGCCGCUCCCGAUAAACUCAGCUUCACUAUGAAGAGGGAAUUCGACAAACAGAAGGAGGAGGAGGAUCUGUUGCUUCAGUUGCGAACGAUAAUCGAGAGCCGUUUGAAGAUGUCGUUGCCAGGCGCACUGGCGCCGGUGCUGGCGGACGGCGUGGUGCUGUGCCACCUCGCCAACCACGUGCGCCCACGCGCCGUCGCUUCCGUGCACGUGCCCUCGCCCGCGCAGCCCAAACUAACAAUGGCAAGAUGCAGAAGAAAUGUAGAUAAUUUCUUGGAAGCAUGCAGAAAAAUAGGAGUUGAAGAGGAGGCCAUCUGCUCGCCCGAAGACAUACUGGGGUUCCACCCGGAGGGCGGCGAGGGGGAGGGAGGCUCUCUCACACCCCUACUCACCACCCUCGUCGCCCUCACCGGCCCACUCCAACCCCCUGCCACACACGCCACGCCGUCGCCGGCCGACCCUAACGAUACCCAAUCACAACCCUAUCACUAUGGACGCGAGUACGCGGGUGACGUCAUAGAAUCUCUUGAAGUCAACUACUAUAGACGGCAGCCAAAGAGGUACUCCGAGGAGCGGUUCAUCAGUAACUUUAACAACCUCGAAGACUACACGAUAGAUGAAGCGGAGGAGUACCAGCUCAAUUACGAGAAUAACAACAUGGAACCACAGAAUGUCCAAGUACAGUAUUCCCCGGUGUACGGCGAUGGUUUAAGAAACAGGGGACCGUAUUACCAAAAGAACAGAAUUCAAUUUGUAACGCCUUUUUACAAAAACAACGUACUUAAAAAUGACAGUUUCGAGAUUUAUGACACGGACGAAGUAGAUUUACCAAUACAGUUAAGGCGGGAAGAAAUGGUCGCAGAAAGAUAUGACAGGGGAAAAAUGAAUCUCGACAUUCAAAACAAUUUGAACAGGGAAUUGAUAACAGAGACUGAAUCUUCUAAAGAAGACGACAACAGAGUAUUUUACACUUGUCUAUGCCUUGGCACUUUUGUCGUGUCUACGAUUGUGUUAAUUUUAUACCCUUUGUAAGUUUAUUUACUGAAGUUUUAACCUUAUACAGAAGCACGUUGAAGUGUAAAUUAGAUUACCUAUAUAUAAAUAUGGACUGGUAGCAGGGAUGGCCAACUUUUAUGUACUAAGAUGUACUGUUUAUUUUAAAAAGUCCAAAAUCUAUUUGCAUUAGACAUUAAAAAGCGGGCAGGUAUAAUUUUUUUCUACUACUAAGUAAUGUAUAAUAUAAUAAUCACAAUGUAACUGAAUUAUUGCGAAUGAUUUGCCAAAUAUAAUUUCUUAGUGUACUAGUUGACCACCCCUGCAUUAUAGAAUGGCACAUUGCGAUGCGAUCGAUUGGUACCAAAACGUAGAAUUGACUUUGAUUGGUCGUGGUGUAGUUUAAUUUUUAGGUGAUUGACUACCGUCUAGGUUGAUACGGGAUAUUUGACAAAACUAUACCUAUUGGUUUCACAAUUUUUAUAGUUUAUAAAUUUUUUAUUCUUAAAACAAUAAUUGAAACAUGGUCAAAUUAUGUUUUCAAAGUUCCGUGGAAUAAAGAGAUCAAAUGCCUAACACUAUGAAAUUAUUCACAAGAAUGAAUUUACGAUUUGUAGUAUUUAUUUAUAUCCAUUUGGGAUAUAUAAUGUAUGUUAAAAUAUGGUGAAAACAUAGUAAACAUUUUUCUAGGAGCAUAGUCGAAUUUUUUUUAUUAAAACAGCGCGAUCUUGUGAUCCAUUUAGUAUGAGGUUGAAAAUGCUAGGGCAUCUUAAAAAUACUUAGAGAUUACAGGGAAUAUUGUUCUCUGACCAAUGUAAAUGUGUUUUUCAUUUCUAAUUUACAUAAGGAUUUAGCUUAAAUGUAGUAAAAAGUGCACCUUUGAAAAAACAAGACAUCCAGACAGAUACGGUCUAUAUGAAAUUAAGGAUCUUUUACUAUAACAAAUAUCAUCUUUUUUUCAGGAAUAAAAAUAAAUUCCUUAAAUGACAUAUAAUUAGAAAACAAAUAAUAUGUUUUUUUUUUAAUGGGUGGAAGUGUAAUGGUAAUCCCGCCUGUGAUAACGGUGUACGCUGGCGUGGCAACAGUGAAAGAGGUUAGCUGAGAAUGAUAGGUCACUUGACCCAUCGUGACUAGUUAGAAUUAACCAAAAUUGUUUACAGGUGGAGGUCGACCUGAUAUACUCUAUAUAUUGCUAGCAUUUGGAUUUUUAGACUAAUAAUCCUCCUAAUAACAAUAAAAAUACUAAUAUAUUUUUUUUUACCUGAAAAAGGACUUUAUGAAGUAUAGCCUUAAAACUGUGGAAAAGUACAAAUGUUUUGACACAUUUAUAACAAGGGGAACAAAGUAAUAAUUUAGUGUACAUCUUACUACUAAGGAUCUAACUAAAUUGUCAUACGAUUAAUUCCAAGUGUGCCAUUAAUAUGAAUCUUUAUUCCACGGAAUUGAAAUUGAAUAUAGUGCCGCUGAUGCCUUAUUCACAGUCUGACUGUUGUAGUGGUCUGAAUAUAAAUUUUUGUCUAUUUCUUGUCAUUUAUUAAAUUUUCAAAAGUCUGAUACAAGGAAUUUUUAAGGUAUUAAGGAUUGAAGAGGCUCGUAUGCUAUAGGAGAAUAUAGGGUUAUUAUAUUGUUGAUUCACUGGUGUACAGUUGGGAUUUCAAGUGCACCAGAAUGAAAAGGGGAUUGUCUGAGAGUGUUCAUGCCCAAGAUUGGUAAUAUUUGCACUAUCUGUCAACGUACGAUCACUUUUAAAGAGUUUUACGUAUUUAUUUUAAUUAUUUAAAUAAUGAAUUAUAACAUAAUUCAUGAAAAAGAUAAUUUUAAACUAGAACUGAAAUUUGCGAAUUUAAUGGAGAACAAAAUUUCAAAAGUAAAAUAUGAAAGUGGUAAAUUUUUAGUGAUACGUUUUAGUCUUCGAUUAAUUUAUACACUAUAAGUCAACGUUGUGUGGACAAUAGAAAACUACGUUUUAAAUAAUGUUUUUAAAAUCUGACAGAUAGUGCAAAUGCUAUUUGUUUUCGGUAUGAAUGAUCUUAAUCAACGUUAGAUGUGUUCUACGGUUUAGGGAAGUUCGAAAUUAAUGAAUUUUGUAACUAAUUUAUACAAAACGAUAUCAUUAUUUUGUCCGAAUUAUCUAUGUUCUAUAUAUUAUAAUUAAAAUAAUAUUUAGACAUGAUUUGAUUAUGAGUGGCGCUUUGAAAUGUUUUGCAAUGCGCUUUUAUGUUAUGUUAGUAUAGUUUUAUUAGCGAUUUAGAAAAUUCCAAUUUUAUAUAAAUUCAUUCCGAUUUGAUGCAUUUAAAAUUUUUUCCUAGGUUAAUUAGAUUUACGAAUUUGCCAAUUGGUUUUUUUGCCUAGUUAUGAUGGAGCUUUAUUUUCCUUUUUUUUAUUACCUACAAGAGAUCUCAAUAUUGUUGUUGUGUUAGAAUGAUUUGCUAUGUCACGUGUCUAUUUCAUUUCUUAUGUUUUUUUUUUUUUUUUGUUAUUGUAUAGAAAAUAAUUACAUAAUAUAUUAUAUACUUAGGUUAUAUAGAUAGAGUGUCAUACAAGUGCUUCGCUAAAAAUAAGUCAAUUUUUUUAUACAUGUGUGCGUGAUUAGAGUUACCGUAAUGUACAUUUAUUAUUCAGUAUAUGGGGGAGAUUAUAUGGUUAGGUUAAAUUGAAAAAUAAAACUAAAUUAGAUUGAAAAUGGUCAUUAUUUUAAUGAAUACAUGUAUUCAUUAAAAUAAUGACCAUGAAUGUAAACAAUACGAACACAUGUUUGUUUACAUUAUUAUCAUAUCAGCUCUUAAGUGUCCACUGCUGAACAUCUAUAAGCCUUCCCCAUAAGGGGAGUUUUGCCAGUAGUUGCUACGCUUGACAGGCGGGUUGACAACCAUAACUGGGCUUUUAGAAAUGUUUGAGGGGGGAGCUGCUGCCCAUUCCUCAACCAUUAAGUUCCUUUAUAUAUUUAUAUAAUAUAUGAGAGAAAUAAUUCCCAGUUCCAGUUAAAAAAAUCGACUUGGUCUAGAAUUUUUUAAUCUACUUACUUGGAACACUGAAUAGAUGGCGCGUUUUAUCUUGAUUUAAAAAAAAAAAAACUAUGUCAAAUUGUGUCAGUAAAAUGUUGUUAUAAUACAUUUUUGACACUUGUUGCUCUAUCCAUAUAAUCUAAGAUUACAUAGAUUACACGUGUUAUAGUUUGUUUUGCACCAAUUAGAUUUAACAGGUUGUACUUAAUUUAUUUUUAAGUGAUACUACCAUUCUACUAUUGCUCCUAAUUUCAAUGUUAAUAUAUAGGUACUUAAAUAUUUUAAUACAGGCUUAAGGUGGUGUAUUACAAUUGAAAUGAACAUAUAAAUUAUCCAACUUUGCAAACUUGCAAACGCACAAUUCACCAUUGUGUUCUAACCUAAAAUUAAGUUAUUAUUUCCAUCAAAAAUCUGUACUAUUUUAUUAUUAUUAAAUGUACUAAUAGAACAUGCAGAAUUUUUUAAAAUAAUUAAUAAUGAAACAAAACAUUCAUACUAUAAAUUAUAUAUAAGACCUUUAGUUAUAUAUAUAAAUUUUUCUUCAAUAUAUAAAUAUGAUUUAAAUAAAAAGUACAAUAAUACUUGUGAAAUAUUGGUGCGUAAAAUAUUUAUGUGGACACGUAAACGAAUGUAGGUGAAUGGUAUUGAGCUAAUUAAUAUAUUUGAUAAUAUAAAAAAAAAAUAUAUUAACUCUUUGGUAGCUUAGCUGUUUAAUAUUAAUAUUUCUUAUCAAAUAAGAAUCGUAUGCCUUAAUCGAAACAUCAUAUCGUUAUUGUAUUUAUAAUGCAAAAUUUAUACACGAUGUAUAUAGUACGAAGAAUAACUUCAGCGUGAGGAACUAUAUGCUACUAUAAAGUACCUUCUUAGAUACACUCUGAUAGAAAAAAACUGCCCAUGAAUGUAUUGAAUAUAUGAUUACUAUCGAAAUUUUUACAAAUACGACACGAUAAAACAGGAACCAAUUUUUUUGUAUUGUAUACAUCGCGUAUUAAUGUUAUAAUUUAUUAAUAUAGACCUUCUUUGUGUAUAGCAUAUGAAUGUAUCGUAAAACUAAUAUGUAGUCGGGCUGGAAAACGAGAAAAUAUCUCUACUAUGUUAUUGAUUGACAAGUUAAGAUUCAUUUAAAUAUCUUGACAGUACUCAUAAGUAGGAUUUAUUAAGACUCUAAGUGAACUCUGAAAAAGGGUUGUUAAUAUUUUUUAGUUUUUUUUUUUUUAUUUACUUUAAUUUUACAAAAUUUUAUUUUAUAGAUUUAGCAAUUACAAAAAUAAAAUUAAUUGAUUGUUAAUUGAUUUGACGAAAUAAAAAUGUACAUAGAAGCCUGCUCGAGUCUAAUUUCUCAUAGCAAACGAUGCAUCUCGUAUGUAUACCAUAAAAAGGAAUUGUAUUUGUAGUGUGAUGUAGUAAUAUUUAGACUGUAUUUUGAGGCUUUUAUCGCGUAAAAAUUGGAUAAAUUUAUAAAAGACAUUUGUUUGUAAUUUUUUUUUUUAUAUACAAUUUAAGAGAAAAAGUAUUCCUAAAGAAGCCAACCGAUAAAUGAUGCCAAGAAACUUUAUAAGAUUUAUACUUGAAAUAUAUUAUUAUAAAUUAUAUUACAUUGCAUUUAUAUAAUUUAUACAAAACUAAAUAACAUGAGAGACGUCAAAACAUAUGUAUAUGCUAGAAACUUGUGAUUGAUUUAUUUCAUACAUGAAUUAAUUUUGUAUAUGAAAUAAAAGUUAAUAUUACUAAUAAAUUAUAGUAACCAUCGUCUACAACUAACUUAACCUAUAAACUGAUACUAGAAACAAACUGCCUGUUUUAAGGUAUUUUAAUGAAAAUAAUAUUAGAUUUUUAUUAUAGAUUUUGAUGUCACAGGAAAAUUAUCACAUUUUGUACAUUUUGCACACAAAAAAAAAAAAACAAAAGAAUAAUAAUUAAAUAAAGCAACAGAACAAAGUUACAUUAUAUUUCAUUAAGAUUUUAUGAUCAUUCCAAAGAGGUUAAACGUUUUAAAUACUAGAUUCAGUAAUUUCUCUACUAUGCACUAUUGAAAUACUAAGUUUUAUGCUAAUCUUUCCUAUUUUCUUUAUUACAUACUUAUACAUUUACAUAAUAUUUCAUUAGUACUUAAUGAUUUUCUUAAAAACUAUAAAUCAUUUCCUGGAAUUAUACAGAAUAUAGAUUGCUUAUUUCUUAUAUGUAUAUGGAUUUGUUAAAAAUGUAAACAUCAAAUACUCAACUACACAUAUUUGUUCCAAUGUAAUUCAGGAAAAGUUACUAUAUAAUUUAUCAUAAUAAAUAAGAAUAUAUAUCAUUCUAUAUUAUAAAAUAUAUGUAAGUACACAGCAACACAAUAUGAUAUAAUUUUGUUUUAAACGCGAAAACAAUAUUUUAAGCAAUUUUAAUUAGUUCUUUUUAAAAAUAUAUGCUGUCAUAGUCCAAUAUAUACUUUUCUGGUCAAUUUUCUUUGUUAAUAACUAUUACCCACGCUUCUUAAAAACUAUUAUAAUUGUUUUGAGCUUUAAGUCGCGAGUACAAUGCUAAUAAUAGUAAGUAAUAUAGAUUAAUAUAUAAUUUAUAGCGUAUAUAACAUAUAUUUAUUGACUUAAGGUGUUUUGGCUUGGUCCUUAUUGUAUUAAUUUAUGUAGUUUAUCAAGGCUGGUUUAUAUAUAUUUUUAUUUUGUUAUUGGCCCAAUUUCAUUCUUAAAAUGUAAAUACUUAACUCCUAAGAUUUUUUUUUUAAUCUAUGACUGUGUUUAAAGUAUUCGAACGUAUUAAAAAAUAAAUCUCUGUACCAUCAGCGUAUGGCGAUAAUUUACAAAGAUUUUUAAAUUUAUUGUCAUGUGUCUACCGCAUACGCAAUGAUUUGUUAUUCAUAUUCUUUGCAACAUACCUAAUACCAACAUAAUUCUUAUUACUAUUUUUUUUUGUAAAUUAUUUUAAAAUAUUAAAUCCAGCCAGCAAUAUCUUAAAAUAGAAUUAAAGUUUGCGACUUUUUUUUAAAUAAGUACUUUAAUUUUGUGACAGUAUUAUUUUUUCUUAUAUAUAUGGAUUUAAGUAUUUUCUCUUAAACUUCACAGUGAAAAUAUUUAUGAUUGUAUCUACUUUUUAUAUUUUUCUAGAUGUAAUGUGGUUGAUUCUGCAUUGCCAUUUCCUGCACCAGUCUCUAAAAUUUAAACUAUAUUAUGCACCACCAUGUUCUAAAUUUAAUGUUUCAAUUGAAAUUUAUUGUAAUUUUAGUCAAUGCUGAUUCUUACAAUAAUUUUACUAUAAUAUUAAAUUGGAUUUAAAAUAUCGUUCUGCAUAGGCAUAAAGAAUGGCGCUUUAAAAUCGACCACAAUAUCUAGAAUUCAAAAUAUACUUUUUUGUAUGUACUUACAAUGUUUUCUGUACUAAAAAUAAAUGUAUUAUUGGCA